AUGACACCACCCCGUGCACACCACUUGAAGCUUGACAGUGAGCUGUUGUUGGAGAAGGUACCGAUAGUCGAUGUGAUCCUCGCUGACAUCGACUCCCUGGUGCCUACUCAUGAUGAAGCUGGUCGGCCCAUAGCUGAGUGGAAACGACAGGUGAUGGUGCGGCAGCUACAGGUCAGGCUGCAGGAUGAGGAGGAACAAAGGAGACAGGACAUGACUAAUGGCUACGCACCAAUGGAUGGCUGGAAGUACUCCCAAGCUCACAAUGCAGUCCUAGGGCCAUUUGGUGAGCUCCUAACAGAGGAUGACCUGGUGUACCUACAGCAGCAGAUUGAGACUGUUUCACUGCAGAAGCGCUGCCAGGCCUAUGAGCUAGAGCUGACCAGGCUGACCGAGGAGCUGAGGUCGAUUUUACCCGAUCCAAUUGUCAACAUCUCCCUUAACAAAGAGGUCCUACAACAGAUGGACACAGAGGGAAAAAUGCAACUGACUUUGCCAGGGUGGUGCAGUCGUGUCUCAGAGAUUGUUAAGAGUAUGUCACUGCUGGUGGCUAAUCUGACCCAGACCACAGAAGGAGGUGAGAAGAGAAUAGUGGAAGGCAUGAUGGAGGAGAUGAAGGGUUUGCAGGGUGUAAGAGAUAGUUUAGGAAUUGAUUUAGGCCAGGGAUUGGUGCAGCAAAGCAAAGAGACAGUGCCAGCACACAGUGAGACCUCUAGUGGAUGUAGGAUUCCUCAUAUAGGGAUGGCGUCAGCUUUUAGCCAUCGUCUAGAGACUAACAGCUACAGCAGAGCACGGAGGGAAAGGGUGGAGAGGGAGAUCCAACAGUCCGGGGUGUCUGUCAGAGACCUAAGAUCCAACUUUGAAGGUCAGAUUGGUGGGAUUUAUCCCUUUGCUGGGGUUGUGAAAGGAGGUCAGGUAAGGUUUGGAGCCUCAGGAGUGAACAAUCAGAAUGCCAACAGAGGCCUCGGCUGUGAGGUGAGCCACUGUGAAAAAAACUUUCCUGUGAUGGAGACAACCAGCUUGAGGAAAGAACGUAUAGUCGUGCUUUUUCUGAGUCACUGGAAGAAAUCUGCAUAUGCUAUUUCAGUUAGAGCAGAGAAGCAGAGACAGGGACAGGAAGUAGUGUCAGGGAAAGUAACGAGAGCAUCACCCCCACACAAAAUCACUUCUAUGUUUCAAUUCUGCCAACAACGAGGUGCUGUGGACAAGAUACUUAACUCCUGGAAGAAUAAAUUAGAACUCAAAGAUGUGCACAACUCUUGUUUGUCCUCCACUAACUCCUCUCAAAAUCCACUACCUCGGCAAACCUACUCCCCGGAGCAAUUCCUGCCAGACGUGGAUGGUGUUGCAGUGAGCCACGAUAGCUUGACCCUUGACCUCUUCAUGCUGGGAUAUUUCCACAUUUUAGAACAGGAGCUUUCGCCUGUUGAGAGGAAGAUGAGGCACCUCCUCUGCUUUGAAGUGUUUGACCAUGUGGGCAGUUUCCCCUGGGAAACAGUGAGGGACUUCCACAAGGCUGUUCUCCAGGAAAUCCAGGCUGAGAGGCGACAGUGGAGCGAUGGCUUCGAAGACAUCAAAGUCCGCUUUUUUGGUGACUCAAGACCGUGUCGCUGUCCAGAUUCCAGAUAUGUACCCAAAGUUAUAGUUCAAACUGCUACUCCAGAUGAGUCUUGCAGUGGCACAGACUUCUCCUGUUUCAACAACGAAGACAUCUGUAAAUACAUUGACCGGAGCUUUGCUUUCUGGAAAGAGAAGGAGGCAGAGUUGUUUGAUUUUGAACAUUAGUAUCAAGGUUAAAUUUCACAGUUUUGCACAAAAUUAUGAUAUGUUGGUGUGUUUAU